AGUUCAAAUCAGAGGUAAAGCCCCGAAACAAACGAAAGAAUAAGAGUCUCCGCAUCGAAAGCGAAAACGAGAAAAGAAAAGCCAGGCGCAUCAGCGAUUUGUAACGAAUUUAAGCAGAAUCUGACGGAAUAACAACCGAGAAGGCGGCGUUUCAUUCAAUAAUAAUAAAAAAAAAAAAAUCCUAGAUAAAGAUACAAGAUUAUAUAUACUCGUUCGUAAUCCUGCGUAGACUCCAAGCCUCCAAUUUCCUGCCCACAAACAAAAAAUAAAUAAAAAUAACUAGAAACAAAACUCAACAGGAAGUGACCAACGUGUCCAAAACUAUUUGCAGACCGAUCUCGAUGUCUCCGCAAUUAGAUAAUGCUUAAGCUACCAAAGGGCCUAAAAAAGAAAAAGAAGAAGUCGAAAAAGGACCAGGAGCUCUUCACCGAGGAGGAGCUCGAGCAGUACAAGCGCGACCUCAAGGCGAAACAGGAGGCGGCGGCCAACAAAUCGGACGCCGGCGAAUCCGACGGUGCCGCAUCAGAAGCUGAGCACGACCACGAACAUCAUCAUCACCAGCAGCAGCAGCACCAAUCGAAUCAAGUAGCCACCAGUUCGGGAUCAGGAUUUGCUGGUCAAGAGGAGGAUUCACAUCAUCAUCACUCUCAUUCACAUAGCCAAGGUGCUGGCGCCGCUGCCGCUGCCGCCGCUACCGGUGGCGACGAGGAAUGGGCCAAAUUCAAGGCACUAACCUCCGGCGUUGAUAGCAUCCUACACAAGACCCAGGACGAGCUCGAUCGGAUUAAGAAGGAGUCCUUCUACCAGCGCCUUCCCUCGGCUGCCGAAAAGAAGAAGCAGGAGGAGGAGGAGGCCGCCCGCCUCCAUCAAGAACGUCUCGAACGUGAACGUCAGCGUUUAGCGCAGAUCGAAGCUCAACGCGACAAGCUAGCCGAGGCUGUGGUCCAGCUAUCCGAAUCCGAGGACGAGCAUAUUGACGACGAGGCCGAUGAUAUCUUUGCCACCGAUUAUAUCGAGGCUAUAACCAGCGGUGAACUACAAUUAGCCGUUGUUCCCGAUUCCCCAGUAUUUGCCCAAGACGACGGACCGGAUCCCUUUGAUACCGCUUACGCGGAGAAGGUUAUCGUUGGUGCGGAUCGUUCCAAGGGCAACAAGAAGCUAGUGAGUCUUGGGGCAGCCGUUGAGGUUCUAUCCGGUCGCGUUGAUCGCGAGCACGCCGUUGCCUUAGCGAAUCCCAAACGGAAGCUACGCAAGGGUAUCCAAAAUCUUUUGCUUAGCGAAAGCGUUGAGCUAGCCGAUCCGGAGGCGGAUCUUUUAGCCGGAGCAGAGCCGCAGCAGCACAAUCUCCUAGACGAUCUUGACGAGGAAUUGCCAGAAUCAACGGCCCCCAUUGAUCUCAGUGUUUCGCUGCAUUUGCAUUUGAUAAAGCCCAAGCCGAAAGAGGAAGACGACGACGAGGAGGAGGGAGAAGAGAAAGAGAAGGCAGAGCAGGAGGCAGGACUUCAUCCGGAUUUAUCGGAAUUCGAUGCCCUCAAGGACGAGGAGGACGACGAGUUUGCUGAAUUAGCUGCCGAGUCGCUAACCAAAAAGGAAGAAGUGACCAUCGUUAGUCAAGUUCAUCUACCAACAGCGGAGUUAACCAGCGAGGCCAGUUGGGCGGAGUUUGAGCCGGAACCGGAACAGGAUACAGGUAAACCCAAGCGUCCACCGCCACCAGUUCGUCCUGCCACAGGUCCCCACAUUGUGCCCGGCGCCAUCUACGUUUCCGACGACGACGAGGACUUGAAUCCCGACGACGAUCCCUUUAAUACCAACUACGCCGAGCAGGUGAUCAAAAAGACCACUGUCCUCGAAGAGGACGACGAUUUUGAUCCGCGUGCCGAAGAGCCGGCAGGCACUUCCUCACUAGCUGCUCCCUCGCAGCGUGAUUUACUAGCUGGGAGUGCCACAGAUCUUAGCCAGGUGGUGCCAGCACCUUUGGCCCCCACUCUAAGUGUUGACCAAGACCCAGAGGACUUUGAUCCCUUUGACACCUCGGCGGUGUCGGCCUUGGUACAGCCCAAGGCCACAGAGCUGCGCUUCCUGGAGCGAGAGCUGCUCAACGAGGCGGGAGGUGGAGGAGGAGGAGCUGAAGCUGGAGGCAGCUUAAAGCACUCCUUGAGUGAUCCAGAUUUUGAUCCCCGUGCAGGGCAAGAGGAACCUCAAAAGGAGCACUUGCCACAGCCCCAGGAGGACGCGGCCUUUGACGCCGCUCGCCGCAAAUCCUCACUGAGCCUCAACAUCCAGGCAAAGAGUGUGGGUUUCCUGGUACCAGCACCGGAUCUCCUAGGAGUAGGCAACGAACCAGGAGCCAAUAAGAAACCCCUAACGCCCUACUACGCCCCGGCAAGCAAGCCCAUCGAGGAGAGGGAACGGGAAUCCGAGGAAGUAGAUCCCUUUGACACCUCCUACGUGCCGGAGGCCAAGCUCAGUGACAUCGAGCUGAAGCACAUUGAAAAGGAUUUAGCGCAGAGCCUAAGGCAUAGCCUAUCCGAUCCGGAUUUUGAUCCUAGAGCACCGCCCACACCAGUGCCAGCCGAGGUGCUCCUGGCCGUCGAGGAGAAUAUCAACAUAAAGGUCUUGACACCAGCCCAGGAGCGCAAGAAGCUAACCAAAGGGAGGGGUGAUUCCAACGAAGAGGAGGACGAUAUAGAUCCCUUUGACACCUCGAUAGCUGCCAAUCUAAGACCAGGAGAGACGGAACUGAAGCUGCUGGAAAACGAACUGCUGCCGGAGACGCAACGUCAGAGGGUGACCGACGUCCUAGACGUUCAGAGUGACGCCCAGGAGUUGGGUUUAGGUGACAAAGUGCUGACGCCUUCGACGCACACCAGACCGCAGGAGAAUAUAGAUCCCUUUGACACCUCCAUAGCAGAGAAUUUAGGGCCAGGAGAGACGGAGAUAAAGCUGUUGGAAAGCGAGUUAAUAGAGCGUUAAGGGUAAACAAGGAUAA